AUAUCGAGUUUUUUUACGUUUGACGUUAAUGCGGAGUUCAUAGUUGAUGUGAUACCAGCACUUAUACCUACGUUAGGUAGCUUGAGCCACAUGUACGCACGUGUCAGAAAUAUAGAUAAACUAAGGAUUCUUUUGGAACGUAUGUGGAACGAUUGGAGCUUGCAAAAGACAAAUUAUGAAAUCAAAAUCAUGCACGAGCAUGCCGAGACCACGAGAUUAGUAACGGUUUGUUAUUCGUGUAAGAAAAAUAUUAAAUUUCGCUUUAUCUACGAAGGGGCAAGAUGUGCCUUUCUGUCUAUAAGAUCAACAUUGUAUUUCUGUGUGUGAGACAAUCGUGCUUUUUCUUCAUUAUCAGCAUCGGACGCACUA